ACUGUGGGAUGGAUGUGGGGGUGUAUCCUUAAGGUCAGAAAUAAAAGGUCGGUGGAUAUAUAUGGAGCAGGUGGGCCGUUGUUAGACAGAGCAUCUGCCAGUGUUCCUAAGGAAGGGGCGAUUCAUUUGAAUGCAUCGACGGCGAAGAGGAACUUUGAAGUCACCAUGAAAGGACUGCUACUCCCCCUGCUGCUGCUGUGGGCGGCUUGCGCUCUGAAGACCACGUGCGGCGAGGCGACCGCUGUCAAGCUGUGUGGCAGGGAGUUCAUCCGCGCUGUAGUCUACACCUGUGGGGGCUCCAGGUGGAGACGAAUCCUCGAUCAGCCUGAGUCACACGUCGGUGAUGCUGAGGACCAGAGCAGCCUGGAGAACCUCACCUACAGUCAGGGGAUGAGUAAGAGCCGGAGAGACCUGAACCAAGUGCUGACCACAGUGUGCUGUCAGGUGGGAUGUCGGAAGAGUGACCUGACCUUCCUGUGCUAAGGGGCACUUU